CCUUGCUCCAUGCAGAAACACAGCAGCAUGUACAAGUGUUUGUUACUCUGAGAAGACUUUCUGCAUUUCUUGAGACAGAUGCUUGGGAUCUUGGAGGGCUGGAAACUCAUAGAGGAACAUCUUUAUUGGGAGCUGACAUUGCAAUGCCAAGGCAUCAUGACAUGGUGUUGAUGGUUAAAUAAUCCAAGCAUUAUCAGGAGAAUUGAGACUGCAUCACAGCUUGAAAAGACACAGUGGAACACUUGCUAGAUCCAAGCCAUCUUGAGUGCUAUAUUGAUGUGACGUCUUUGCUGAUACAAGAGGAUAAACUGCAAAUGUCGCUAACCACAUGAGUAUCUACAAGUACUUCAAGGGGACUUGUCUUACACGUGAAAUGACUUAAGAUGUUACUGCUCCAUUCAUCACCACAGAAGUUACCCAAUCUGCUGACAGUUUUUUACUUAUAAACUAGAUAUGAAAUCAAUGAAAUAUAAAAGUUCUUCAGCUACAUGUAAUGCUCAAAGAAUACAGGCAGUUAUUGUAUUGACUUAACAACUUUAACGAUGAGGGUGAGCAUGAGGCGGACUACACUGAUCGUUAUUGGAGUGCUCAAUGGCAUCAUAAUAUUCCUCAACUAUCGUGCCAUGAGCAAUGAGUCGCGCCAGAGAUCCAAGGAUUUCAUCAGGAGCAGGUUUGAUUAUGUCAAGAACCUUGUCCAUUCUCAAGGUCAAGAUGAUGCUGAUUACGCCAUUCAUGAGCAGAAACACAAGAAGCCACUUGUAUGGAGUGAGAUUGAGGGAAUCCACAAGGCAUUACCAGCAUAUGAGAAGAUGCGAAGAGUUUUGUCCAACCUACAAGAUUACAAACGUUACUUUUACCGUGAGGCGGUAUACUUUGACAUCAAUGGGGAAAUGCUGAGAUACAAGUCGGUGCCGAAUGUUGGCGACAGUGAUCACCUGAGGGCGCUCUUUGCUGACGUGCUGCAGACUAAUCGUAGUUUGAGGAUUGGAGUGAUUGGGGGUGCUUUGUCUUAUCAUAACGUAUGUUUGAAAAAGUCUUGCGUUUAUAUCGACAUUGUUGUCAACUGGCUGAAGAGCAUGUUAGACACUAAGGUUAUACUCCACAAUGCUGCGAUUGGUACAACGAGCAGUGACUACUUUGCUUGGUGUCUCAAGCCUCAUUUAGACGUGGAUAACAUGGACAUUAUCAUAUGGGAACUAUCAACAGAGGAUUACAUCAAUCGUGAUGUCUACUUCAAGCGUGGACUAACAAACGCUGGAUGGCCACAGGAGGAAAUCACCCAUAGAAUCCUAGACCUUCCUAAGAAACCCUAUCUCAUGUAUUUCAAUUUCCUAUCCACGGCCAACAUUCGCCAACGAGACUGCGUGAAUUCUGAGUAUUUCUCCGGUCGUCAUCUCGCUAAACAUUACAAUGUGACUUCUAUCAGCUGGUGUAAUGCCAUCUGCACUAAACUCUGGAAACCUGGCUUCACCCCAGACGACUUGAUCUAUGCUGACGAAUUACUGAGUGAGAGAGCUCACCAACAGGGGGCGCUCUUCAUCAUUCAUUACUUGCGUACCAUCUUAGAAGAGUUGACAGUGAACUUUCUCAACAAGACGCAUCACGAUGAGCGGUACAUCCAGCAUCUGAUUGGCCUGCAUGAUGAUUUUGUCCAAAAUACCUAUGGACUAAACUCUGAACCUAUCAGGACAACCAUUAAAUCUCGCACUGAUUUGAACAAAAUCAUCCCAAAGUUCUCCCAUGUAGAGUUAAAGGAUCCCCAAUGCUGGCCCAUAUCUAAGCCCCAAUAUGAACACAAUCACAGUCUUGAGGUAACAAUGAAUGAAGGAUGGGAACUUGGCUACUCAUACAAUGAGAACUGGUAUAUGAGUACUGAACCUAACCAACGCAUCACCUUCAGAAUCAACAUUCCUCAACAUCGGCAGAAUCUCAAUGCGACAAUCGCUGUAGCUCUCAUCACAUGUAACUACUGUGGACAAGCCUUGGUCUGGCUCAAUGAUCAAUUUGGAGAUGCCAAACUUAUCAAUGGUAACGACAAGAAACACAAGUUUUCUGUGCGCAAAAUGUUCACCGGUGUUCUGCCUGGUGGAUAUGCAGUCACUGUUAAGAACAUGGAGGAGAGACCAGUGAAGAUUGGUGCUGUUAUGAUGUCAUACGAAGAGCCUAGGAAUGGGACACAGUUUAUCAGGAGAAAUGUGGAGCAGUUUGGAGGACCCAAAAUGUGGAACAAACUCAAAGGACCAUCGUUGUAAAUUGUGCCUAGUUUUGUAACUUAUAAUAGAAUCCUUGUAGAUAAGCUGCUCAUUCAAAUCAGAGUUUUUUCAGAGUUGAGAUUUUUAGUGGAGAACUUUCCAAUAGUGUACCAUUUUUGGAUCGGAAAUGCAGAUUCAUUUUUUUUUUACAGAUUUUCGUUUUUAGAGAUUUGUACAUCUUACGGUAAAGAUUCCUGAGUUCUAUAAGAGCCACAAAGCUUUAGCAUGAUAAAGAAGAAUGCAAAAUAAUAAAAGUGAUUGAGGAUGUGUGUACAUCCGUAAGUGUCCCCUUUGAAUUCUGGCUUCAAGCAGUUGUUUUAUAAAAUAAUAUUGACAUUCUUUAUUUCUGUUACGUAGCGUCAGGCAGUCAUACUAUGUUUGUUAUUCAUGAUCAUAACCAAAAGAAGCAAAUGAAUACAGAUUUCUUGAAAGCAACUGUCAGUUCACGUUGCAACUUGACAAAUUAUAAUUGGCAGGAGAUGGAAAAAUUCUCCCUAUACAGACCCCAGGAUGCAGGCUUUUGUCAAUUACAUUAAUUCAUCCACUGAAAAUGAUUUGUCAUAAACUCAUGUAAAAAUUUUUUUUUUUUUGUUCUGACAGAAAAGCAAUUAUGAUGUUGUCUGAAUCCAUUACAUUUUAUAUUUGUCCUUGGGUGUUUUUACUUCUAGUUGACACAUUACAGUAAUAAGUUGGAAUUAGAUGCUGGAUUUAAAUACGACAACACAUGAAGCAAUAUUGAUAAUGUUUAAAAGUUUGGGUCUCAAUACAGCUUAUAUUUUUUGCCUGAAAUUCUCCAAUGCACAAUUUGUUCCCAAUCAGCAGGAUAAUUAGGAAGUCUGACCAGUAAUUUGAAGACACAUUUUCCAUAUGUUGAAUUUAUGAAUGCAACUUAGGUCAAGCAUUUCACACCCGUUUUAAUUUUGUGCACCAGGGUUGCACAGAACCAAGUAUUAUUAAGAGUAACUUGGGUCAGGCUAAACAGAUUUGGGUUUGAGAGAGCUCAACUAUAUGUACUACAUUGUAAAUUCUCCUACAUGUAUGACUAGACUCUGGAGUCCUUUUGAAGGACGGCAACAGGUGUUACGCAUAGCUGCUCCUUGUGGUAUCAAAUUCACACUUGAUUAUAAGUUUCAGAAUAAGGUACCAAAUCCAGUUCCUACCUGUCUG